GUCAACGUCAGAGUGACAGCACACUUCUUUACAAUUUUGCCUUCUCCGGUUUUAGGACAAGGAAUUCUUCGCCAUGGCAAAGUCAAAGAAUCACACAAAUCAUAACCAAAACCGCAAAGCCCACAGGAAUGGCAUCAAAAAGCCUAAGAAUGUCAGGCACGAAUCCACCCUUGGCAUGGAUGCCAAAUUCUUGAGGAACCAGAGGUUUUGCAAAAAAGGCAACCUUAAACCAGCCAAGCAAUUAGUGAGGGCCGCUGAGAGGAAAGCCACCCGUGAAGCUAAGGCUAAGAAAUGAACAUCUAGUUUAAGGAAAUAAAAACACUUAAAACCA